UCGAAACAUAGCCACUGUCAUUUAUAUGCGUCUUGCGUCACACGCCACUUUAACGUCACUAAAUUCCCUUCCUUUGUUUAGUCAUCAUCCCUGAUUUUUUUGGUGAAAAAUUUGAUUAUUUUUGGAGUUGGGAUAAGAUUCACCCCCCAACAGCGAGGCCAGAGGGAUAAGUAGAAUUUUCAGAAGCAUCCGGGUUUUAGGCCUGUCUCUGCUUUUGCCAGUGCCGGAUUUUCUUGCAAGAUUUACGGUCUGGAAUGGUAAGGUGUGUUUAGACUUUCAAGGAAUAACAGCCAAAUCAUGGACAAAAGAAGGGGCCGGCCUUUUCCGGAUGCUGUCAUACUAAAACCACUAGCUUUCAACCUCGAAGAAGCUCUACAAGUUGAGAAUUUGUAUAGACCCAAUUUAUAUGCCAUGUACCAAAACGACGUUAGGAAUGGGGAGGUGACCCUCAGCUCAAGGGAUGAUGCUGUUAAUCGGUUACGUUUUCUCAGAGUUUGGCUCGAUAUUCCACACUUUACAUUUUUUCUGUCUGUGUCAUAUUUGGAUAUGUUCCUCUCUAAAAUGAGGGUUCAAGAAAAAUAUUUGAAAUGCAUAACACUGAGCUGUUUGCACCUAGCUCUGACAAACUCUUGCGAUCAAGUUGAUGUUAACCAUUUGGUGAAAAUAUCUCAGAGUAAAUGUACAUCGGGAGACGUGAUCCGCAUGUCAAAGAUUAUCAAAGAAAAACUGAAGUCCCCCCCUGUCAAAACAGCAGUCGAUUUUCUCGAAAUUUACAUUGAAGUCUUAAAAUAUAUUAGUACUCAAUGGGAGCAUAUUAUAAAGAAAGAUCUGAACUCGAUUAAACAACGAAUGUUGAUCCUUCUUGAAGUAUUAUUAGCAAACUCAAACACUGCAUACCUCAGACCAGCAGCCAUUGCUUUGAUCGUAUUUCAAAGAGAAGUGGAGAAGAUUAUGGCAGUUGGUUUGCCUAAUAAAUCUGUUUACUUUUUGGGAGAAGUGCUGCAGUUUCUGGCAACUGUUAGAGAAAUUCAACUCAAGUGUAAGAUAAAAAAUUCAGAGUUGAGAGCAUGCUUUUUGCAAGUCAGCAAAGUAUUACAAGAGUAUGAAAAACGAGGGAGUAAAGGUGACCGUCACCGAGAACAACUUAACUGGAACUUUUCCAUGUCAACUGUCCAAGAAUCCCAGAACCGAUCGAGCUAUUGUCCAUCCUUUCAGACAAUACAAGAGUAAAGGUUAACUUGUAAAAUUUUGUGUGCGUUUUCAGUUAGUUUGUUAGUUACACAGAUUCUUUUUUAGUUUGGUCUUCAAAGAAGUCUUUUAUGGUUCCAACUUUAUAUUUUAUUUAAUGUGUAAAUAGUAGGUAAUAUCCUGUGUAACUAGCUAAAAUUUCUUUAUUUAAUUAGAAGUUCAUUACAUUUUUUUUUUUGUGAAUGUCCAAAUAAGUGAUAAAAAUUUGAGAAAAAAAACAUAAAAAUAUAUAAGUUUUUGAAAAAAAUCAAUUUAGGUUUCAAAAAAUAAAAUCAAAAUUUUGUAAAAACUGUCAAAAAAUUAAUUAACUCGCGUUCCAGUUUUUUUUUUUUGUUAUUUGCUUAGCUUUUAUUAAACUUAUUAUAUUCCAUUCCUUACCUCACUAUGGUCCAGUGUGGACUCUUCGAGAGAAUACAAGAGCAAAGCUUCCAAUUAUGUGUUUAACUCAAAAAAAAUUGUAUGCAUUUUCAGUUAGUUACACAGACUUUUUAUUUGGUUCAUUGAAUCUUUAUGUUUAUGUUUUAAAAUAUAUUUGCUGGAAAUCUGUUGGUUUUUAUACCAAGAAUGUUCGAUUUUAUUUAUUGUGUAACUAGUCUGUAAUGUUCUGUGUAACUAGCUAAGAUUUCCUUAUUGAGAUUUCUAAUUUCAAGAUCAUUAUUUUACAUUUAUUUUUUUUUGUAAAUGUCCAAAUAAGUGAUAAAAAUGUGAGAAAAAAAAAAACAAUAAAAAAUAUAUAAGUUUUUGGAAAAAUCUAUGCAUGUAGGAUUCAAAAAAAAAUUAAAAUUAUAUAAAAAAAUGUCAAAAAAUAAACUAUUUUGUUUUUGUCUAUUUGCUUAGUUAAUAAUGAACUUACUAUGUUUUCCACUGUCUUACUAGUCCUAAACUGACGUUACCAUCACUGAAUGGCAAUGAAACUUCUUGUUUAUAACAGAAAUAUAAGGUCUAUUAAUUUCUACUUGAAAUUGG